GUCAGUUUCUGCACAUGUACAGAAGAAAUAGUAGCGUGAUGCUAAAGAUCAAACUGUACACAUGUGUUUAUGAGUGAGAGAGAAAGCUGUAGUUUUUACCUAAUUUAACGUAUGAAUGAGAGAGAAAUACAGAGCUUAUGUGGAGUAAAUGAUGAAGAACCGCAGUGGAUGUAAUUUAGAUCAAAGGCUGAAGCAAAGAGUGCAGCAGUAUCUGAAAGCACAUAAUGAUCCUUACGUGGACCUUUCAUCCAUGGCCUUUGACCUUCAGCAGCAGUUCAGGACCGAGUAUGGCCGGAGGAACAGGACAGCUUUCAGGAUUCAAGUGGAGAAAGUGCAUGCAGCUUUAUGCAGCAAGUCUGACAUCGCUGUCCUGGAAAGUAAACAUUUGACAAAAAGAGCAAGACUUAGCCAAGAAGAUGGGAAUGACAGUCAUUUCACAGAAGAUACUACAGACAGUGAGGACGAUAUUCCUGAGCAUGAACACACAAAUCACAUGAACAGCUCGCUGGUGUCGCUCUAUCAGAAAGGAAACUCGGCGAGCGGCUCAACGCCGCAGAAGGUCGACAGUGAUGACUGGUUUAUCGAUAAGACUGGAAUGAAAGAGCAGGAGAACGCGUUCAUCGAUCUGUGUGAGGAGGAAUCCACCAGCACACCGAAACAGAUCGAUUCAAAGAUGGAAAAAGAGAAGAAAUCAAAGAAAAGAGUGAAGAAAAACAAACACAGAGAAAUUCAAGACGAGGACGCAGAAAUCAACGCUGGCAUACUGGCAAAAAAGAGUAGAAAAACGGCCCUUGAACUUCAUUACUCUACGUUGAAGUUUGAGGAUUUUGGUGGCAGUGACAACAUUUUAGCGGAGGUGUGUAAACUGCUCAUUCACAUGAGACAUCCAGAAGUUUACCAGCGGCUUGGAAUCGUACCUCCGCGUGGAUUCCUCCUUCAUGGUCCGCCAGGAUGUGGGAAGACGUUGUUAGCUCAGGCCGUUGCUGGGGAAACGGGUCUGCCGAUGCUGAAGGUCUCUGCUCCUGAACUUGUGUCUGGAGUCUCUGGAGAAUCAGAACAGAAAAUGCGGGAACUCUUUGAGCAGGCCAUAAGCAGUGCUCCCUGCAUCCUUUUCAUCGAUGAGAUCGACGCCAUCACUCCAAAGAGAGAGAUCGCCUCUAAAGACAUGGAGAGACGAAUCGUUGCACAGUUACUCACCUGCAUGGAUGAUCUCAAUACCGUAUCGGAGCCGGCUCAAGUGUUGGUUAUCGGAGCUACUAACCGUCCGGACUCGUUGGACCCGGCCCUGCGUAGAGCGGGAAGGUUUGACCGAGAGAUCUGUCUCGGGAUUCCAGAUGAGGCUGCACGACUGAAGAUCCUGAAGACACUCUGUAGGAAAAUCCAGCUGCCCGAGGAUUUUGACUACAGGCAGUUGGCUCGUCUCACGCCGGGUUACGUGGGUGCAGAUUUGAUGGCGCUGUGCCGGGAGGCAGCCAUGACGACGGUCAACAGAAUCCUGCUGGAGCAAACCGUUAGCGAUGAUGUGAUGCCAGCACAGAAGUGCGAGCUGGUGCAGCUGUUGUCUUUGAUAAAGAAGAGCGAGUCUCUGACUGAAGAGCAGCUGGCUGGGCUUUGUGUUGUCAUGUCAGACUUCAGGACAGCAUUAACCAGAGUUCAGCCAUCGGCCAAACGUGAAGGCUUUGCCACCGUACCAGACGUCACCUGGGAAGAUGUGGGCGCGCUGCAGGACAUCCGCGAGGAGCUCAAUAUGGCCAUCAUGGCCCCCAUCCAUAACCCUGAACAAUUCCAAGCUCUGGGUCUCGGCACCCCUGCAGGAGUUCUGCUCGCCGGACCGCCGGGAUGUGGGAAGACGCUGCUAGCUAAAGCUGUGGCCAAUGAAUCUGGUUUAAACUUUAUCUCUGUCAAGGGUCCAGAGUUAUUGAAUAUGUAUGUUGGUGAGAGUGAACGGGCUGUGCGUCAGGUCUUCCAGAGGGGUCGAAACUCGGCUCCAUGCGUCAUCUUUUUCGAUGAGAUUGAUGCACUUUGUCCUCGCCGCUCAGAGCAUGACUCAGGGGCCAGCAUUCGUGUGGUGAACCAGCUGCUGACAGAGAUGGACGGGGUGGAGAAUCGCCAACAGGUUUUUAUCUUAGCUGCCACUAAUAGACCAGAUAUCAUUGAUCCUGCUGUGCUCAGACCCGGACGCUUGGACAAAACUCUUUAUGUGGGUUUACCACCUCCCACAGACAGACACGCCAUUUUGCUAACUAUUACAAAGGGCGGCACUAAACCUCAUCUAGAUUCAGAUGUCAACCUUGAAGAAAUUGCCCAUGAUGUGCGAUGUGACAGCUUUACAGGAGCAGAUCUGUCGGCGUUGGUACGAGAGGCGUGCGUUAAUGCAUUGAGAGUUCACUUAUCCUCACGAUCGUCUCAAACACACACAGAGUCAGUAAAGGACAUCAGUGUUAGCAAAGUUCACUUUGAAGAUGCAUUGAAGAAGGUGCGACCCUCAGUCUCCAAGAAAGACCGGUUAAUGUAUGAAAAACUGAAAGAGUCCCUCACCAGAUGAUAAACAACAAUCCAACAAACAAAUCUUGAUCAUUUUUGUUCAAUUCUUUUUAUUAAAUGUUUUUGAAAAAA